AUGGUAAUUCAUCGAUAUCAUCGUUCAUUUUUUAAAUUUCUUAUGUUUUUUGGUUUACCAUAUAGUACUACAAUGGCAACAAAAUCAAAUCAAAAUAAUUAUCAAUUAUUGGAAAAACUAGUCGGUUAUGAAAAUCGUAAAAAUGAUGUUCUACUUUUUCCAAAUUCAAUUCAAUCAUCAUCAAAUAGUAUUGUUUAUUUUUUUGGCGGAGAUGUUCAGGUAGUACGAGAGGAUUGA